AUCGGCCUUAACCAAGCUCCAGUCGAGCACUUGCACCUUUUGUCACCAACCCGUCGCAUUGCCAAUUCAGAGUGCGCAUCUCUGGCGGCCAAGCAUACAAUCUCGCGGCGCCGACUCAAAAGCCGCGGCUCUUGCGCUUCAACCUCGGCAACGUUUUUUCGGGUCGCUCAGUCUACCGACAAAGGCAAACCCAUCGUCCCGAUACCUGCCACGACGACCAUUGACGGCCGCUUGCGCGUAGCUGCAGCGCCCGCUGCGAUCCUCUCCGCCCAUCAUGGGCGACCUGUAUGACGAGUUUGGAAACUUCAUCGGCGAGGAUGCCGACGCCUCAGAGCAAGAGUCGGAGCAGGGUGUCGAUGCCAACGCGUACCUCGACCAGGACGAUGAGUCGGACCGCGACGCUGCCGACCAGGAGCUGAUGCAGGUCGACGAUGACGGGCCUUCUAACGCCGUCAUCCUUCACGAGGACAAGCAGUACUACCCGACCGCUCAGCAGGUCUACGGCGAGGAUGUCGAGACCAUGGUCCAGGAAGAGGACGCGCAACCACUAACGCAGCCCAUCAUUGCGCCCGUUGAAGUCAAGAAAUUCUCCGUCGAGGAGACCGAUCUGCCCCCAGUCUACUUUGACCGCGAGUUCAUGACCGAUCUCAUGAACUUUCCCGACCAAAUGCGCAACAUCGCUCUAGCCGGCAAUUUACACCACGGAAAGACCGCUUUGAUGGACAUGCUUGUCCUUGAGACACACAAUAUCGCCCAUCGGCUCGAGCACAGGACGGGCAAGAAACGCGAUGAGCAGCUCAGAUACACAGACGUCACCGUCGUCGAGCGCGAGAGGGGUGUUUCCGCCAAGGCCGCGCCCAUGAGCUUGGUCCUGCAAAGCACCAAGGGCAAGUCGCACUUGCUCAACAUCAUCGACACGCCUGGCCAUGUCGACUUUGUCGACGAGGUUGCCGCGGCUUUGCGACUGGUCGACGGCGUUGCGCUCGUCGUUGACGUGGUAGAAGGCGUUGGCGUCAACACGGAGAAGAUUAUCAAGCACGCAGUGCUGGAAGGCCUGCCGCUGGUUCUCAUUCUCAACAAGAUGGAUCGAUUGAUUCUCGAGCUGCGGUUGCCGCCAGUCGAUGCCUAUUUCAAGCUGAAGCACGUCAUCGAACAGGUCAAUACUGUCAUAGAGAACACGAUACCAGGCUCUGGUGCCGAGCGGCGAGUCAGCCCAGAAAAGGGCAACGUCCUCUUCGCAUGCAGCAGCAUGGGCUGGUGCUUCACCCUUCCAUCUUUUGCCAAGAUGUAUGCCGACAUGUACCCGGGAGUCAAUUCGGUCGAGUUCGCGAAGAGACUCUGGGGCGAUGUCUACUUCAACCCCAAGAAGAGGACGUUCAGCAGGAAACCGCUCCCUGGGGAGACCAGAGCAGCCAGGUCUUUUGUGCGUUUCGUCCUCGAACCCAUAUACAAGGUCUUCUCGGUCACCAUUAGCCAGAGCCCUGAGGAUCUCAAGGACUCGCUCGCAAUCGUCGGCAUCGUGCUGAAGCCAUCGCAGUAUAAGCUAGACGCCAAGGCUCUACUCAAACUGGUCUGCGAGCAAUUCUUCGGCCCAUCGACGGGCUUCGUCGACAUGAUUGUCCAGCACAUCCCUUCGCCAGCAUCUGGCGCGGAACGCAUGCUGGAGCGAUACUACACCGGUCCACUGGACACCAAGGUUGCAGAGUCCAUGCGGAAGUGUGACCAGGACGGCCCGCUGGUCAUGCAAAUCACGAAGCUCUUCAACACCCCAGACGCGAAGAGCUUUUACUCCUUCGGCCGUGUGAUGAGUGGCAUUGCCCGCCCAGGCGCCCAAGUCCGUGUCUUGGGCGAAGGCUACUCCAUUGACGACGAAGAAGAUAUGACGGUGGCGACGAUUGCGGAUGUCUUCAUCGCAGAGACACGCUACAACGUUGAGACCAGCGGCAUACCUGCUGGCAAUUUCGCACUCCUCGCCGGCGUCGACAACUCCAUCGUGAAGACUGCGACGAUUGUCCCGAUGAAGCUCGAAGAUGACGAAGACGCCUAUAUAUUCAGGCCGAUAUCUCACUUCACAGAAUCUGUUCUCAAGAUUGCUGUCGAGCCGAUCAACCCAUCAGAACUCCCGAAGAUGCUCGACGGCCUGCGAAAAAUCAACAAAAGCUAUCCCCUCGUCACGACAAAGGUGGAAGAGUCAGGAGAGCACAUCAUAUUAGGAACAGGAGAAUUGUAUAUGGAUUCUGUACUCCACGAUCUACGGAGACAGUACGCAGACAUGGAAAUCAAAGUCUCGGAUCCUGUCACACGAUUCUGUGAGACUGUGGAUGAGAUGUCUGCCACGAACUGCUACGCCAUUACACCAAACAAGAAGAACAAGAUCACAAUGGUCGCCGAGCCAUUGGACGACGGCAUCGCCGAAGACAUCGAAAGUGGUCGUGUCAAGAUGCGCGAUGGAACACGCAAAGUAGCCAAAUUCUUCGAGGAAAAGUAUGGCUGGGACCUGCUGGCUGCGAGGAGCAUCUGGGCCUUCGGACCGGACGAGACGGGGCCGAACAUCUUGCAGGACGACACGCUGCCCUCCGAGGUAAGUCAUACCUGCGCAUCCCCGUAUUCCAGGUUGCAGCUGCCAUGCAGAAAACUUUGCAAAACCCCGUGAGAGUGGCAAAUUGCUAUGGGUCGUUCACGCCAAUCGACGCGCAUGAUGCAACCACAUGUAGGGCCAACGCUAAUGCUGCCGGGAUGCCAACAGGUCGACAAAUCUCUGCUGCGC